CAAGGCUGGAGCCCGUCUAGGAGUCAGAGGCUGCGUCCCCCACAACUCUACGACCUGCAGAGAUGGGUCGGGGCUGCGGACCUGGGUUCAGCGCGCUCCUGCUCCUCGUGCUAGUGGGGCUGAUUUUGCCAGGCGAUGGCAAUGAGGGCAGCGUCGCUGGAAGUUGUUACUGUGAUCGUUUAAUUUCUACCCCCACAAUGGAACAGAAGCAACACUUAGGAAAACACCUGAAAGCCUACCAGAGCUGUCCGCCCUUUGUCAGGUUCAAUCUCCAUCGCCGGACUGUGUGUGGGGACAGGAGUGCACCCUGGGUUUUAGAGCUGAUGCGUUGCUUUGAUAAUGGAGAAUGUGGAAGUCCUCUCCACAAGAGUCAAGCUGGCCAGAAGCAUUCACCUCCCCUCAGCACUCAGGUUCCUGAGCCCACAAAGGGGGCAUCUUCUGACAUGGGCACCCCUGCCCAGACGUACCUGCCAUCCACUCUGCAGUCUACCCAGCGGCCCACCCUUCCAGCAGCACCACCGUCCUUGGACAGAGGUCACACCCACUUCAAUGAAAUCAUCACUUCCACUGUGGACCACAGUUUGGGGGCUGGGCCUGAGGCUAGAGAGAACCAGAAGCAGCUUCAAGCCAAUGUGGGUCCUUCAGCUGGGAGGUCAGCCGCAGCGCCGGUGGUGUCCCUCCUAGCCAUCACCUUCGUUCUCAGUGGAGUCCUCGUAUACAUGCUGUGCAAGAAGAGGAGGGAACAGGCAGGGCCGUACUGUCCAGAUUUGCAGAUCCAUUACGCAACAGUGUCAGAAGACUCCAUCGCCUGAACCAGACUCCUGCAAGAAUGAAAGCUCUGUGAUGGCAGACUGCUUUAUUCAGUGUACUAUUUGGUGUACUUCAACCAUCUGGCACAUAGUAGACACCCUACGUAUAUCUGUUUAAUGAAUAAAUAAGCAGCUGCUGCCCUCUCUUAGUCACUCCCCCCUCCCUUUGUUAAGUUCUAUAUGUAAUGUAAAAUCCCCUUUUUACACUGUAAUGAUAUCC